AGGAAAACAAAUACAUGCAGUCAUGAGAUUUAUUAAGAAUAGUGGGUUAUAUAAUAGGAUAUAGGAGGGUUUGUUCAUUCUUUUCACACUCCAUCACAGUAGGUGGCGAUAUGCACCUUUGAAGUUGGUUCGCAACUCGCCAUUAAAUCAAAAGAAGAAGAAGAAGAAGAAGAAGAAGAAGCUAGGCAUGCUGUUGGAGAAGCACAUGAAGCUGCUGCGGCUGUACGGCGGGCUGCUGAUCCAGCGAGCGCACAAACACACCGCGGCGCGGCUCUCCGAGAAGAAGCUGAGCCGCUGUUUCGUGGAUCAUCGCAGGGUGAAGGUAGCGGCGGGAUCGGGUGGGGACGGAGCCUCCUCCUUCCACAGCGAGCCCCGGAAAGAGUGGGGCGGUCCGGACGGGGGAAACGGAGGAGCCGGAGGAGACAUCAUCAUCAAAGUGGACCAGCAGGUGAAAUCACUGUCCUCCGUGUCAACGGUGUAUCGUGGGAAAGAUGGAGAGGCAGGAAGCAGUCAGAACCGCUUUGGACGCAAUGCCAGCCCCACCUACAUCGCAGUUCCUGUCGGCACGCUUGUGAAAGAGGAGGGCAGCAUGCUGGCAGACCUGGCGCAGCACGGCCAGCUGUAUACGGUGGCGUACGGAGGUGCGGGGGGGAAGGGGAACCGCUUUUUCCUGUCCAAUGAGAACCGAGCGCCCCUGUGCGCCACGCCCGGAGAGAAGGGCCAGGAGCGCGUGGUUCAGCUGGAGCUGCGCACCAUGGCCCACGCCGCGCUGGUUGGCUUUCCGAAUGCAGGCAAGUCGUCUUUGUUGCGUGCGAUCUCUAAAGCGCGGCCGGCUGUGGCGGCGUACCCCUUCACCACGCUCAAACCUCACGUGGGCAUCGUGACGUACAGAGACCACCAGCAGCUGGCAGGUGUGUGUGUGAGAGUGUGUGUGUGUGAGUGAGUGAGUGUGUG